GGCUGUCCCCGCUCCCCGCUGGACACCAAGCCGUGGUGUCGGUCUGUGCUCGGUGUUUGCAGGGGCGCGGCACGGAGUAAUUAAUAAAGCGGCGUCGUGUCAAACCCUGGGAGGUGUCAAAGGGCUGCUGGUUUUUAACAGCCGGGGUGGUCGCGGCUGGUGGCAGCGGAUGGCGCAGCAUCUGCUGCCCUGUUUGAACUAACUGUCUGCUCGUAGGGUUAUUGGAAAGCAACUGGCUCCUCGGGAUUCCUUGCCUAAUCAGAGGUGUUACCUCCUCCUCUUCCCCCAGUGUCUCUUGACAUCAUUUCAUCCAUCAGAGUUUCAGAGGAAAAAAAAAAAAAAAAAAGAAAAAAACACAACCCAAAGCAGAACCCACCCAGUCUGCGAGCAGCCCGCACCAGCCCCUCAGUUUUGCUGUGACUGCAGGGAAGAGCUGGAUCAAGGCGAAGAUGAAGGAUGGGAGCGGGGCUGAGCUCCUUGUCCUGAAGGAUUUGGUGCGGGGCGAGCCGAGAGGAAUGCGGAGCGAUGCACAGACCGGCAUCCCCCGUACCCUGGGAGGGGAUCAAUAAACCCGUCGGCACUGCCUGGGGAUGCGGAGGCGCUUGACCCAGGGAAGGAAGAAGCCCCCAAGGUGCGUUUGCUCCUGCCGGUCAUUGUUGCUCCAUGGGAUUUCUCCUGCCCCCCGCGACUGACCUGAUGUGGACCGAAGCGUUUCUAACAUGAACUUUCUCUCUGGGAUCUGGUGGUCUCUUCCCUUGGUCUUGGUCUGGGCGACCCCACCAGUCACCUCCUCAUGGUGGUACAUGGGGGCCGUGGGCUCGUCGCGGGUGAUGUGCGAUAACGUGCCGGGCCUGGUGAGCCGUCAGCGGCAGCUGUGCCGCCGGCACCCCGAGGCCAUGCUCUCCAUCGGCCGCGGCGUGGCCGCCUGGACGGCCGAGUGCCAGCACCAGUUCCGCCGCCACCGCUGGGACUGCAACGCCCUGGAGCGGGGGCAGCGCCUGCUCGGCCGCGUCCUGCUGCGCAGUAGUCGGGAAUCUGCUUUUGUACAUGCCAUCUCCUCCGCUGGAGUUGUUUUUGCCAUCACCAGGGCGUGCAGCCAAGGGGAGCUGAAAUCCUGCUCCUGCGAUCCCAAGAAGAAAGGCUCCGCCAAGGACAGCAAGGGCCACUUUGACUGGGGCGGCUGCAGCGACAACAUCGACUACGGUGUUAAAUUUGCCAGAGCUUUCGUAGAUGCCAAAGAACGGAAAGGAAAAGACGCGAGAGCGCUGAUGAACCUUCACAACAACAGAGCUGGAAGGAAGGCCGUGAAGCGGUUUUUGAAACAGGAGUGCAAAUGUCACGGUGUGAGUGGAUCAUGCACUCUAAGGACCUGUUGGCUGGCCAUGGCAGACUUUAGGAAAACAGGAGAUUAUCUGUGGAAGAAAUACAAUGGAGCGAUUCAGGUGGUCAUGAAUCAAGAUGGCACGGGUUUCACCGUGGCUAAUAAGAGAUUUAAGAAGCCAACUAAGAAUGACCUGGUAUACUUUGAAAGCUCUCCAGACUACUGUAUCAGGGACAGGGAUGUAGGGUCCCUCGGGACAGCGGGUCGGGUUUGUAACCAAACCUCCCGCGGGAUGGACAGCUGCGAAGUGAUGUGCUGCGGGAGGGGCUACGACACCUCCCGCGUCAGCAGAAUGACGAAAUGCGAGUGCAAAUUCCACUGGUGUUGUGCUGUGCGCUGCCAGGACUGCCUGGAAGUGGUAGAUAUUCACACCUGCAAAGCGCCGAAGACCGCUGGCUGGAUCUCCCGGACAUGAUGCACCAGGAUGCUGGUGCUUGAGGACCACAGCCUUUGCCCUUCCUGGUCCGUGCAGGGAACGCGUCCAAGGUCUCCUCUGCUUUUAAUCCAGUUUUGCCUUUGUCUUUCAUUGCACAGAAGCUGAUGAAUAAUUAAUACAAACUCUGCAGCGUUCACUUCCCAUUUCUGCAUGACGGCGUUGCUGCAGGGUUGUCCGUUAAACUGAUGCAGCUCUGGAAGGACGUACUUCUGCCAGGGCUCUUCCAACCACCACGCAACUCUCCUCCGGACACCUUGCGGCAAGUUAUUUGGUCCAUCAGGAACGCAGCAAGACGCAAAGAUGGGGCGUUUCUAACAAGUCCACCACCAACUGCAUGGGCUGAGCUUGCUCAAGCGUCUUCCAAAGGAUCUUGUGCUGGUCACAGUUGUGCCCUGGAUACCAAAGCGCUCGGGAGUUUGAGCACCAGUUGGCGAUUCCUCCAUGAGAGAAAAGUUUGGGGCCAGUCUGAGUGAAACUCUUUACAGGAGGCGUGUUUUUCCAUCCCUGGUGGACUGGAGUUUGCACUGGGGUGGCCCAGCUGCCGUACCCUGGGUUGUCCGGGGCCGCCCUGGCUGCCAUUGGCACCCUGUGGCUUCCCAUGGGGCAGAAAUGGGCCCAUGGCAAAACGCAGACUGCAGGAAAUAUAUUCAACACAACAUUUUCAUAAACUAUUAAAGAGUCAGAGCAAAUGCCUUAGUUAUGUAUUUGUGAAAACUUGCCUUAAAAGCUUUUAAAAGGUCAUUUUUGUUAACUGCUGAGUCAUUUUUGUGAUCUGAAGGAUCGAAGAGAAGAGAUUUGUUUCUCAGCCCGGUGAGAGCUGGGUAGAGGACACUCAACUACCUGAGAAUAAGGUUUCCUAUUUUUCAUUUACUGAAUAAACAGAAAAACAUUUGCAGAAAGCUGAUGGAGAAGGAAAUACCUUGUCUCAGUAAUGAUACGGUUUCUAAAGAAUCUAUCAACCUUUAUGCUCUUUUAAAUUUAAUAAAUCUAUUAAAUAUGUUCAGAACAAUACUUUCCUUUCAGAUGGGGACUUCCACAUAAGAUUUUCUCUGAGUACUUUCUGCAAAAACUUAGGCCUGUGAUUAAGGCCGUGUUGGCCUUUGAUGGAGGGAGUUACAGGUUGUGCUGGGUCCAUGUGCUGGGCUGGGACCAGCACAGAAUGGCAAAGUGCUGGAAAGAUGCCCAGGCUCAGGAGGCCCAGAAAUCGCAGGCGCAACGUGAGAGGAGCUGGGUCAGAGGGGGACCAGCCCUCUCUCCUCAGAGCCGGAGACCAGCAAAUGUGCCAAGAGGAAAGAGGGGUCCAGUGCCGGUAAGUCUAAGGCUGUGGAAAAGCAGAGAACGUAUUGUAGAUGCAGAUAAGGUCGCCAUACGAAAAUGAGAAAGACUGGAGGAACCCCAGCAGGU